AGUAUGGUGGGAUACGUUCUUCCAUGUUCUUGUGCUGAAAGCGCUCAACAGGCAAAAUGUCGAUGCUUUCGGCGGCUGCGUUGUUAGAUGAAUUGAUGGGGGUCGAUAGAGAUCGGGCCCCCAAUGAGAAAAAGACUGCCUUACAUUGGUCUGAUCCUCAGGUUUGCAAAUACUUCCUUUGUGGAUUUUGUCCUUCCCAGCUCUUCGUUAAUACCAGAUCUGAUUUGGGACCAUGUGAAAAGGUACAUGAUGACCGGUUGAGGAAAGAGUAUCAAGAAAGUGGUCGUUUCAAAAAAAUGAGAUAUGAAGAGGAAUUUCUGAGGUAUCUUCAAAACAUUAUGGCAGAUGUCGACAGACGAAUCAGGCGAGGACAUACCAGAUUGAACCUCAGUCGGGCACAGGAAGAGAAGGAAUUGGCAAGUGGCAAGCCAGACAGUGAAAAAAUCAAAAUGCUUACUGAGAAGAUUAAUGCCUUGCUAGAACAGGUUGAACAACUAGGGUGUGAAGGAAAGGUGGAAGAAGCGCAAGGUGUGAUGAAAUUGUGUGACCAGCUAAAGAAUGAACGUGAGGCUCUCCAAAUGCAAUCACGUGACCUGAACUUAAUGUCUGCCCAGGAAAAGCAAAUGGAAGUGUGUGAAGUUUGUGGUGCCUUUCUCAUCAUUGGUGAUGCACAAACUCGAGUUGAUGAUCACUUACAGGGAAAGCAGCAUAUGGGUUAUGCUAAGAUAAAAAGUACCAUUGAGGAACUCAAGAAUAAAAGGAACGAAAGAUCCCGGUCUAAAUCCAAAGAGAUAGUGGAAAAAGAUGAAGGUUCUGAAAGAAAGCGGGAAAGGGAUCGAGAACGGAGCCGUGACAGAGAUCGUGACGGGAGAAAGGACCGUGACAGAGACCGUGAUAGGGAUCGUGACGCAAGAGAUCGUGAAAGGGAUCGUGACCGAGAUCGUGAAAGGGAUCGUGACCGGGAUCGUGACCGAAGAAGAGACCGUGAUCGUGACAGAGACCGUGAACGUGACAGAGACCGUGAUCGUGACAGAGACCGUGACCGCGAUAGGGAUCGUGACAGGGACAGGGAUCGUGGCAAGGACCGUGAACGUAGAAAGGACCGUGAUCGUGAAAGAGAUCGUAGCAGGGAGCGUGAUCGAGAUCGUGAUCGUGAUCGUAACAGAGACCGUCAUCGCGAUAAAGAGCGUGAUAUUGAAAAGGACCGAGAUCGUGACAGGGAUCGUGAGCGAUCAAAGGAAAAUGAGAAGCGCCGUGGUGAGAAAGAUGAAACAAAAGAAGGUGAUGGAGAAAAACUCGGGGAAAAGCAGAACGAAAAUGGAGAAGAUGAGAAAGAAGCCGCGGUCGAGAAGAUGGAAGAAUCCGAAGAAGGUUAUGACAACCAGGAGAGAGAUAAGUCCGUCAGAUCUCGAAGCAGGUCACGUGAGAAAGAAGAACGCCACAACAAGACUGGGUCCUCCCCAAAGAGCAGGUCUCGAUCCAGGUCCCCUUAGUAGUGUGCAAGUCAAAUCACCCUGCAGACCAGAAAAGUGAUGGAAAGCUAGCCCUUUUUUUACUGAAAAGUUGUCAUUUCUUGUAGGUUAGUUUACCAAAUAAGAUGAAAACAUGUUUAAUUUUAGGGGUCGGUUUUACGUUUAGUCACUAUGAAUUCGUUGAUGGAAGCUUCAGGAAAUUUAUAGUGUUGCCAACCCGUAGUGAAGAAUACAACCAUAAUUCCAAGAGAGCCUGUUACAUCUGUUUGUCACCCAAGGAUUUCACCGCAAACGAUCCUUCAACUUUCUCUGAGCGAUGUCCUUUCCAGACACCCCCAAAAAGAAAGAAAGGUUUUGAACCAAGUUUUCUCUCUAAGUUUACUUAUUGUUGGACAGACGUCUUGAAUUUUGUGGAAGAGUGGAGUUCCGCAGUGGCCACAGAAUUCAAGAUGGCGGGUUCAUGAUGACAUGUAGAUAGAACAACUUGAUCGCCGUCUUUAGUAUCUCAUGUAGUUUAGUGCUAGCUACGACCUUCACGCACUCGGUGUAAAUCAGAAGGCAUCCAGAUAAGUUUUUUUCCUUCCGUAGAUGGUAGAAUCUUACAAUAAGAUAGUACACUUUUGUAUUUAGGUUGAAUAAAGCGUUUUCUUUGGUGAAAA